CCGCCGCACCCGAACCUGUACUCUGCGUAUCGCCCAGAGUACACGCCCUACGUCCCUCCUCCCCACGCACCCCUCACCUACCAGCCCCUCCUCGCGACCGUCGCGCACCCGCACGCCCAGCAGCCGUCGCCCUACGCGGCCCCUCCCCCUCCCCCUCCUCCCUCGGACCCGUCCGCCGGGUCGCUCUCGCUCAGCUACCCGUCCCUCUCGUCGUACGCGCGCCCGACCUCGCUCUCGACGACCAACGCGACCCGCGACGGCAGCCGCGCCGUCUCGGCCCCGUCGUCGCCCGGCUCGGCCGCGCCCGACGAGCCGCCGGCGCUCGCCGAGCCCCACUCGCCUUCCCACCGCGACGCCAACGGCCAGUUUACGCGCGGCCUCUCGAUCGAGCUCCCCGCGCACCGCAGCGUCCCGCCUCUUAUCCCGGCGCUCGGCCACAUCAACAGCGCCGACGUCGCGCGCGGCAAGGCGGCGCCCGUCGGCGGCCUCGACGUCGAGGGCGGCGGUGCGGGGGCGUCGAACGGCGCCGGCCGGACCAAGCGGCAGGCGGGGGCGUCCGACGGCAAGUCGUUCGCGCCGCCGGCUAAGCGCAAGAAGGAGCCCAAGGACCUCGCGAGCCGCAAGUACGCGUGCAACGAGUGCGACCAGCGCUUUGCUCGCCCGAGCGCCCUCGCGACUCACGUUCUCACGCACACCAAGGAGAAGCCGUUCGUCUGCUGCACCUGCAACCGAGGGUUCGCCGUCAUGUCCAACCUCCGCCGUCACUGCCGCGUUCGUAGCCACGCCCUCGCGCCCGAGCAAGAGUCGUCGGCGCGCUCGCGGCCGCCUCUCGGUUCGGCAUCGAGCGGGUCGUCGGGCGGCAGCGGGACUGGCUCGACCUCGUUCGUGCCCGACCCGGGUCCGCCACCGUUACGGGCUCUCGCACCUGCGCCGCCAGGGCUGCAGGCGGCGCGGUACUAGCCCUCACUUCUUCUUCCCUCGUACUCUUCCUCUUGUAGUGCGCUUCCC